AUGGGUGACGGGUCUGACUAUCCUAGCCCACGAAGUGAAGGUCCCAACGGUGCUCUUGCUGCCUCCAUCCUUGCCUCUACAUCUGAAUCCACACCCCCAAUUGCCAGAAUGAACGACCCUCAGCAGCCGAUGAGUUACAACCUUGAUGGGGCGCGCCCGCGCCUUUCUGUUCGACGCGCCCGCGAUCCUCCUAAGAACUCUGAAGGUCAAAUCUUUUGCGAUCACCCUGAGUGUCAAGCUGCACCUCCUACCUUCCGCCGUCCAUGCGAAUGGAACAAACAUAUGGAUAAACAUGAUCGUCCCUAUAAGUGUUAUGAACCAAAUUGUGACAAGAUCCAAGGUUUCACCUACUCUGGUGGUCUCCUUCGUCACCAGCGCGAAGUUCACAAGAAAAACACCGACACUAAGAAGGCCCUGAUCUCCCCCAUGGUUGAUAUGUCUUGGGACCGCGCCACCGAACUUGAUGGUGUCGAGGGUGUCCGUGCCCCCUCUCUCCCGAUCACUGGAAUGAAACGACGCCACGACACUCCUCCCGUUGGAGAUCUCCGAGAUAUGCCUGAGACCGAUGAGCACGGAAUCGAUUUGCACAACGAAGUCAAGAGACUCCGCCGCGAAGUCCAAGAGAAGGAUCGUCGUCUAGAAGAGUUGGAGCGAAUCGUCACCAACAUCCAGCAGGCUAUCCCUCAGCAGUCUCCUCCCGGACCCGAACUGCAGGAUCUUUCGCAGCCCACUCCCCAGCCUACUGCGGCUCCCGUUUAA